UGGAUCUGUUGAUCUCUUCAAGCAGUGGGCAUUAUAUGACACCGAAAAUACACCUGUGCUGGAUAUGUUGAGAUCUGUGUUGUCGACAAAGCUUUGCUUCAAGCCAAUUGUAGCUUCCACCAUAAAGUUCAGAAACUUUUCUGCUCUUUCCUAUCGAUUUAAUGACGCUAAAACACCAAAGGACCAGCAAGGAUUUGAUUCGGAAAAUAUCGAGGAUCUGGGGAGUCUGGGCGACCCCAAUCCAGAUGUGAAUUCACAAUUCAAUGGCGAGCCUAUUGAUAUCGAUAAAAUUCUUUCACUCGAAAAUGAAUUAUUUGGUAAUUAUAAAAAAAUAAAAGAGUUUGAAGAGCUAGACACAUUUUUAUCUGAUCCUAAAGUAUUAUCAGUUCUAAACAACAAGUCUAAAGUCUCACUUUCUAAAACAGAUCAAAACAAAGAUGAAAAGAAUAAAAGAGUUAAAAUUAAUCAAAAAGAAGAUCAAGAGAAUACCGAAGACAUUGAAACUAAAGAAAAUGUUGAAGUUCAAGAAAUUAUUGAAGAGAAAACUGAAACAAGCAAAGACUUUGAUAAAGAACAAAAUACUUCUGAGGAUCUUGUUUCGAAUCCAACUGAUAACACAUUUCAUUUAUCACUUCAUGAAGUUGAGAAUAAAAUUUUGGAAUCAUUUGAGUCUUCUGUUAAGAAAUUUAAUGAAAUACCUUCAAAUAAAUUGGAUGAAUAUUAUGAAAGCUUACUAAACUAUAAUAAGUCGUUUAAAGAAAAGACAUUGGAUCAAGUCAAGUCAAAUUUGGACAAGUCUUUACAAGAAAAUCCAGCAUUGGAUCAAGAUAAAUUUAUUAAUGACAAUUUCAAUGAAAUUUUAAGUAAAACUGAUCCAAAGAUUAAAAAAUUAAUUUUUGAUGAAAAUUCGUUAGAUCUAAUGAAGACUGAAUUAUCUGGAUUAAUCAAUCAUGUUUUAGAAACCGAAGAAGAAACUUCGAAAAAAAAAUUGCUCGAUGAUAUUUCAAAGAAAAAGAAAAAAAUAAGCAGUAGCUUAUCAAGUAAUGCCGCUGAAAUCUCCAAGGAUCCAAUGGAUGAAUUAGUUGAUGAUUUAACCAGUGUCUAUUUGGAUUUGGACGUUGAAAAAGAAAAUAUUAUAAAUGAUGAAAACUUAUCUUAUUUGAAAAAGUUCCCAAACUUGAAAUUUUCUGGAAAAGAUGAAUCAUACUCUGAUUCCGAAAUAUAUUUGAGAAACUUGCAUUUUUAUAAAAAGAAUUUAAAUUUAGGCUCAUCAUUUGAUGGUAAUACAUAUUUCCCACAUAAUGAUCUAAAUAUUAGAAAAACCAAUCAAACCAGUUUAUCUAUCAAUACAUUAUUGGCUUGUGGGGCACAUUUAGGACAAUCAAAGGCAUUAUUUAGAUCAUCGACACAGCCAUUUAUUUAUGGGGUUUAUAAGGGUCUUCAUAUUAUUGAUUUAAAUAAAACUAUAUCAUAUCUCAAGAGAGCUUGUAAAGUUAUUCAAGGUGUUGUUCAAAACAAUGGAUUGGUGUUAUUUAUUGGUACAAGAGAUGGACAAGAAAAGGCAUUACAAAACGCAGCAUCUAUUGUUAAUGGAUACUAUGUUUCAUCGCGUUGGAUUCCAGGUACGUUGACCAAUGCAACUGAGACUUCGUUAUCACCAAAGAAGACGAUAGUUGAUCCGUUGAAUAAGAUUGUGAAUGAAAAUGUGAAUGAAACUCAGACAAAUAGUAUAACCAAGCCUGAUUUAAUUGUUGUUUUGAAUAUGCUUGAGAAUGAAGUUGUGUUGCAAGAGGCGAUGAGGUGUAAUAUUCCUACAAUUGGAAUUGUUGAUACAGAUUGCAAUCCAAGUCUCGUUACAUAUCCAAUACCAGCCAACGAUGAUAGUAUAAGAUGCACGAAUGUUAUUACAACGAUUUUGGCGUCGGCAGGAUAUAGGGGGAAACAAAAGAGAUAUGAGAAUUAUUCAACAAUACAAAGUGGUAAUGCUGAUGCAUCAUCAUUGUUGGUUGAAGAUUAGAAUUGAAGUAUCGUAAGUAUCGUAAGUAUUGCAAUUAUAAUGGUGAUAUGGUGAUUGUUGAUUGAUUUUUCAUGUAUAUAAACUUAGUAAUUAUUUAGAUAAUUUUCUU